UCCUUUGUUCUAAUUUUCAAUUUCCAAAACAGCUUCAACAGGUUUAUUUUCUUGUUCCUGUCGUCUAUUGAUACGAUACGAUAUGGAGGCAGCACCUUCCAGCUUUUCCUAUGUGAUUUCUCCCGUCUCUAUCAUUACAACACUCACGAUCCUUUCAUCGGCUCUUCUCGUCACGCCUAAGCUCAGCUCAAAAUACCUUUCCUUUUACAAGACUCUCAGCCCAGAUAAACAAACAUACUGGAAUACCCUACCGGCUGCUAUACUACACGCCAUUCUCCUUUGCUCCCUGAUAUUGCUAGCGGUCCUAAAUGGGUCAAUGAAGACCUCUGAAGACCUUGUGGUCUCAAAAUCAAGAAUAGGAUUCAUUGCUCUACAAAUGGCCUUCGGGUAUUUUGUGGGUGACAUGAUGGUCUGCUUAAUUCUUGAGCCUCUGAGACGUGAUAAGGCCAUGCUCUUACACCACACGGUCAGUACAGCAUCAGUUUUCAUUGGUCUCUAUUACGAGGGAUGGUGGAUGAGUAUUUCUUUCUUUCGACUCUUUACAGAGCUCUCGUCGCCUUUUGUUCAUCUUCGUUGGAUUCUGUCUGAGAUAAAUGUCCCUAAAUCGUCCCCAAUAGCCAUUUUCACUGCCAUCGGAAUGACAUCCUCUUUUCUUUUGACUCGUAUCCUAGCCAUGCCUGUAAUCUGGUAUGUUGUGUAUGUCAUUUCGAAUCUGGAGAAAGAUAUUUACAAGAUGUCAUUUCCUCUGCCCGUGAGGACAUCAGCCAUUGUUUUGAUGGUCUGUUUGGAUGUGUUGAAUGUCUACUGGUCAGGCAAAGUGGCCAAAGGAUUCCUUAAAUGGCUGGGCUCUGCCAAGAAAAAGGAGUGAAAUUCCUUGGCAAAAACAAAAUUAUCAUAUUUCCUGUAUUUUUAUUGAAAACAUAACACUGACUAUGGAUAGUAUCUAUGCACUGACACU